AUGCCAAUUUGGCGUUUGGUUCCACUGGGCCCAGGCCCUUCUACUCGCUUACUAUUUCGUCGUGAGCGCUCUGAACCUAACAGCCCCCAACCUCACACUCCUUUCCCGCCUUUGCGAUCUGCGCGGCUGCCAUAUGCCAUUAGUGCUCCUAACUCACCUGUGCAUCAUCUACCGCCUAUUUCAUUAACUUCCCAACCAUCCGAAAUGAAUCGCUUGGCAGUUAAUGUCCUUCCCAUGGAUUCUCUCAAAGCCUCACCUAAGCUUUCUGAGUAUCUCGGCAAGCCACGAAUUAUAGAAUCUUGCUUUAAAAAUGUUGAAUCUGAUAAAAAACGUCGAAGUAAAGAUAUUAAUGUUCCUCGAAUGGCUCAUUCAAUUUUAUCCUCUCGGUCUACUCUACUCCAAGAUGGAAUCGUAUCCUCCGCUUCGGACCUGGCAAUAGAAAUUCCAAAUCAUACUAUCUCUGCCUCUGAAGAGUCAUUAGCCUGCUCUUCUAUUAGUAAAUCAACAUCACAGAGACAACCCUAUUCUUUUCUACGCUGCGUUGAUUCUGUACAUGCCCCAGAAUCUCAGACCACAUGCACCUCGACACCAAUCCAUCCUACAGCCUGCCUUACUGAAUCUUCUUCGACCAUUUCAGCCUUUCCUCGUCCUGCUCUGCCACAUCUUAAAGCUAAGCGUCGCCUAAAUUUGGGUUCGUCAAUUGACCAUUCGCGCCUCAAGUCUGGUUAUACCUCUCCUAACGGCAGUGAGCAUGAAGUCAAGUCAUCGCAACUGUAUUCACCGCGUCAGGACACACCAAAUACAGAUGCUUGUCGAAUUGGAUGCUCUACAUCUAGCAGCCAAAGCACACUGCCGAUGCAAUCUUUUCAUAAGCAAGUGGGUAAUCCUGAAUCGUCCGAACUAUCUUCUUCAGAGGUGAGCUUUUUCUAA